AUGUCUCCAGCAGCAGAUACGUAUUCGGUCCGGUCCGACAAAUCCCAGAACGGAGAUUUAGAGAUGCUUGCUAUACCUCAAUGCGUGAAUAAAGUUGCCGAUAUUUAUUUCAUUCUGGACGCUUCAACCAGUAUAUUUAUCGAGGACUAUGAAAGACAGCGGGAGUUUGUCCGGCAAGUCGUGAAUCGGUUCGAUAUAUCGCCCAGAAAUACGCACGUCGGAGCUCUGGUAUUCAGUCGCUCGUACCAGGUGGCCUUUGACCUUAACCGUUACCGCAGCAAGGGGGAAUUACUCGAGGCGAUAAACGAGCACAAUAUUCCCUACCUGACCGGAGUCACCAACACCGACGGGGCCAUACGUCACGUCAGAACAAAUGACCAGUUCCGCCGCGACAUCACUAAAGUCAUUGUCGUCAUCACUGACGGAUAUUCCCAAGAUCCGGCUGCAACCGCGGCGGAAGCGGAAACGGCACGUCGGGAAGGUUUCUACCUGUUCGUGAUCGGUGUGGGGCAGUACACGGACGAGCGCGAAUGGCGGGCGAUUGCUAGUGACCCGGAUGACAGGUUCAUGUUCAACAUCACCAACUACCGUGGCUUGGACCGAUUGUACAACGAGAUCCCCUCUAGAAUUUGUCAACUUCCGCCCCUGGCAGGACGAGAUAGAUGCGCAGUUCAGGCGGAAGCUGAUCUUUUGUUUGUGGCUGGACCACGAGGUGCAGACGCCUCUUUCUUCAUCACACAGGAAAUUGUGACCAAAAUCCAGGCCGGACCGGGGAGACUGACCGUCAGUCUCUUGAUAGGAGCGUGCACCGCGGAAACUACGACUCUGCAGGCCCCGGGAGACCUGUGCACCGAUUUAGGAGACACGUCGUCCACCCGCCCAGACACCUACCUCAAUCUGCUGAAGGAUAUGCGCGCCAAGGCACGUGACGCCAGGAGCAGACGACCGAACGUGAACCAGGUAGCUGUGCUGUUCCUGGACCACGAGUCCAUGACGCUGGACAGGUUCGGGAUUAUGCGCGAGGCCCAAAGCGCGCGUUACGACGGCAUCGAGGUGGUCGUAGUGGAUCUCGGGGUUGCUCACAGCUCCAGAGAGAUACUUAGCAGAAUGGCGUCACAGCGAGAGAACGUGUUCAACACUGCACAUCCAGAAGGCGUGACUGAGAUGACGUCUAGUCUAUUAACAGCCGUCUGUUCGAGAAACGGAUCCAGUCAUUUGAAGUCGUUGCCUCAUCCACCCAAUCACACUCUGACUGACAUUAAAGUGCCUGGCGACGUCUCGUUGACUGUGUUCAACUUGUAUCCGACCUACUCCAUUGCCAUUCUCAACAUUAGUCAAAACACGACGCAUUUUCAACUUAAGUGCGGUGGUAGAGGAUUCCCAGGGACGGUUGAAGAGCCGCAACAUUCUCCAGGCGGUGGUAGAGGAUUCCCAGGGACGGUUGAAGAGCCGCAACAUUCUCCAGAGAUGCUUGCUAUACCUCAGUGCGUGAAUAAAGUUGCCGAUAUUUAUUUCAUUCUGGACGCUUCAACCAGUAUAUUUAUCGAGGACUAUGAAAGACAACGGGAGUUCGUCCGGCAAGUCGUGAAUCGGUUCGAUAUAUCGCCCAGAAAUACGCACGUCGGAGCUCUGGUAUUCAGUCGCUCGUACCAGGUGGCCUUUGACCUUAACCGUUACCGCAGCAAGGGGGAAUUACUCGAGGCGAUAAACGAGCACAAUAUUCCCUACCUGACCGGAGUCACCAACACCGACGGGGCCAUACGUCAUGUCAGAACGAAUGACGAGUUCCGCCGCGACAUCACCAAAGUCAUUGUCAUCAUCACUGACGGAUACUCCCAAGAUCUGGCUGCAACCGCGGCGGAAGCGGAAACGGCACGUCGAGAAGGUUUCUACCUAUUCGUGAUCGGCGUGGGGCAGUACACAGAUGAGCGGGAAUGGCGGGCGAUAGCUAGUGACCCAGAUGACAGGUUCAUGUUCAACACCACCAACUACCGCGGCUUGGAUCGACUAUACAACGAGAUCCCCUCUAGAAUCUGUCAACUUCCGCCCCUGGCAGGACGAGAUAGAUGCGCAGUUCAGACGGAAGCUGAUCUUUUGUUUGUGGCUGGACCACGAGGUGCAGACGCCUCUUUAUUCAUCACACAGGAAAUUGUGUCCAAAAUCCAGGCCGGACCGGGGAGACUGACCGUCAGUCUCUUGAUAGGAGCGUGCACCGCGGAAACUACGACUCUGCAGGCCCCGGGAGACCUGUGCACCGAGUUAGGAGACACGACGUCCACACGCCCAGACACCUACCUCAAUAUGCUGAAGGAUAUGCGCGCCAAGGCACGUGACGCCAGGAGCAGACGACCGAACGUGAAUCAGGUGGCCGUGCUGUUCCUGGACCACGAGUCCAUGACGCUGGACAGGUUCGGGAUUAUGCGCGAGGCCCAGAGCGCGCGUUACGACGGCAUCGAGGUGGUCGUGGUGGAUCUCGGGGUUGCUCACAACUCGAGGGAGAUUCUGAGCAGAAUGGCGUCACAGCGAGAGAACGUCUUCAACACUGCACACCCAGAAGGCGUGACUGAGAUGACGUCCAGUCUAUUAACAGCCGUCUGUUCGGUGUUUGCGACAUCGUAUUUGUGUACACGACCACUUCUGGCAACACUCGUGCUGAAGGACCUGUUUGAAGUGCGCCGCCUCUCAGAGUAUUUCCGUGACGUCUGCUUCGAGACGAAACAGCCAGUGAGCGUCAUCGGGCUGAUCAAUUCCCAAGUCGCACGAGAAGAAUCGUUCGAAACACUACAGCCCUUACAACAGUGCAGUAACAAGGUGGCCGACGUCUACUUCAUCCUCGAUUCAUCCAGCAGCAUCUACGUUGACGACUUCGCCCGACAUCGGCGCUUCUUCCGGGAGGUGGUAAAUCGGUUCGACAUCUCUUCCUACGCGACCCGCGUGGGCGCCACGGUUUUUAGCGACAAUCACCAGCAGGCGUUCGGCCUAAACCAGCACACGAACAAACGGUCUCUGAUCAACGCCAUCAACGACCACACCAUCCCCUACCUGACCGGCAACACCAACACACACGAGGCCAUUCGCUACGUCAGAACGAGCGGCCAGUUCCGGCGUGACAUCACCAAGGUGAUGGUCGUCGUCACCGACGGAUAUUCCCGACAGCCGGGUUCGACAGCGGCCGAAGCCGACCAUGCCCGUAGGGAAGGAUUCUACCUGUACGCGAUCGGCGUAGGGCAGUACACAGACGAGCGGGAAUGGCGAGCGAUUGCCAGUGACCCGGAUUCGAGGUUCAUGUUCAACAUCUCCAACUACAACGGCAUGGAGAGACUGUUCAGCGAGAUCCCCAACAGGAUCUGCCAACUUCCGCCCAUAAUCGUUGGACAAGGAACCUGCACGGUGAGGAGAAAUGCCGAUCUCAUGUUCGUUGCCGGACCACGGGGAGCGAAUAACGCCUUCUCCAUCGUACAGAACCUCGUGGACAACAUCCGGGAGGAUCCGGAGCGCCUGACGUUGACGCUGCUGCUGGGCGCGUGCAGUGCUGACACCGUCGCCCUCCAGGAUCCCCGAGUCUUUUGCAGCGACUUCGGCGACACGCACUUUCAGCGACCAGACACCUACCUCAAUCUGCUGAAGGACAUGCGCGCCAAGGCACGUGACGCCAGAAGCAGACGACCGAACGUGAACCAGGUAGCGGUGCUGUUCCUCGACAACGACUCCAUGGCUUCGGACAGGUUCGGCAUUCUCCGUGAGGCCCGGGACGCACAGUACGACGGCAUCGAGGUGUACGUGGUCGACAUCGGGGUCGCUCACUCCAACAGGAACUUCCUCAGCAGGAUUGCGUCGGCCAACGAGAAGGUCUUCAACACGGCACACUUCCAAGGAAUAACCAACAUGGAGGGUGAACUGUUGAAUGCCGUCUGCCUAGAUCUGAACGGUUUGGGAGCUCUGCCGACUCUGCCGCCAACAUAAAUACAUGUGUAAAUCGUAACAGCAAAGGGAGACAACUGAUGCCCCGACAGAUCAAACCACCGACAAACGUUCCUAUUUCGAGUUCGACUGUGAUGUGAAUCAUAACAAUACCUCUGACACUUUUGUUAUUAGCGCGGUGAUCACCCAAAGUAUACGCUUUUAGAUAUUAUGGUUGUAUGCAAUAAUAUAAUCGAAUAUAUGCAAUUAUCUUUCCGUGUGUAUGUAAUUAUAUACCCGUGCAUAUGGAAUUGUCUAUUCGCGUAUUUGUAAUUAUAUAUCGUAUAUAUGUAAUUAUUUAUUCGCGUAGGGGUAAUCAUAUUUCAUAUAUAUAUAUAUAUAUAUAUAUAUAUAUAUAUAUAUAUAUAUAUAUGUAUAUAUAUAUGUAAUUAUAUAUCCAUGUGUAAGCAAUUAUAUUUCCGUGUGUUUAUAAUUAUAUACCCGUUUGUAUGUAGGGCCUAAUUAUAUAUCGGUAUGUAUGUAAGUAUAUAUUUGUGUAAUUAUAUGAUAAAUCACCAUAAGUGAAUUUCUGACAAUUUCAUAAUUCAAGAUCUAUGGAAGAUUGGACUAUUUGAAGAGUCGUAUGUAUCGGCUCUUGGGUCAAAAUAUUAAAAAGAGAGAAUUUAAAAAAGCCCAAGCGACAAGAUUAUAUUAAGUCAGACUUUUUCCAAAUGAAAUAUACAAAACAAGAAAAGAAGUGCGAGUAUUUUAAUAUAAAUAUACAUGAUACAUUUAAUUCGGAAAACAGACGGUCAAAAUGGGCUUAAUCUGUUCACAAACCAUUGAUAAAUUUAACAGAGACAAAUACUAACGGAUUCAGAUUGAAUAAUUUAAAAUAAAUUAACGAAAACUAAAUUAAUAUUUGUGUUUUUUGUAUUUGUUAUUUUAUGUUUCUCAUACGGAUGGUCGUUUGUUUCCACCUACCAACUAUAAAGCUAUAUAAAUAAUACUAACCUCACAACAACAAAACACAACAACAAACAAACAAACAAACAACAACACUAUAAAGCUAUAUAAAUAAUACUAACCUCCCAACAAAAAAACACAACAACAAACAAACAAACAACAACACUUAAAAAAAAUAAACUCACAAAAAGAGAAAACAAAAAAGCCUUCAUUUUUAAAAAAUAAAACAACUACAAAUGCUUUAUAAAAAUCCUAAUCACGGUUCUGAUUGGUUUCGAAUCCUUUUUUUCCCCGAUUGUUUUUCGAUACUUUAUAUAAAACUAGUUGUAAUUAGAUAAACAAAUUAUAUUCUUAUUACAUUAAUUUGAUAUUCUAGCAGCUAUUGCAAUAUAUUUCCUGUACACGCACAUGUUUAAAUAAACGUAUUGACCAUA